AAGAUUUUUUAGAGGAGCAAAAAAUCGGGGAAAACAGAGGAAAAACAUGUCUACGAGAAGUCAAUCAGGGAGAACACAGAAAGUGAUGAUUCCUCCUAUUAAUUUUAUCUUUAAGCUUUUACAGCAACAUAUUGAUGUGUGUAUAUGGCUUUAUGAACAGAUAGAUAUAAGGAUUGAAGGGAAGAUAAGAGGAUUUGAUGAAUUUAUGAAUCUGGUUAUUGAUGAAGCGAUAGAAGUAGGGCAAAAGAGGAAUUCUAGACGACCACUUGGUCGUAUUUUAUUGAAAGGAGAUAAUAUUACAUUAAUUCAAGCGCUUCAAAUAUAAAAUUUUGUUAAAUAUAAAAAAAGAGAUAUAUUUUAUCUUAUAAUUUGGUUU